UAAGAACUAAGGUUAGACGCGUACUUGCAUUGCGACUUUGCAUUGUUGUGCCUAAAAAGUGAUAAAAAGAGUUACUAUUUACGUCAGCCUAAUUUGCAUUGAUGUUUUUUAAUAGGUGAACAAAGAGUAAAAGUAUGAAUCUUAUGGAAAACUCAAACGUUAUUGUGGAUGAACAAUUGCAACGAUUUAUCGAGGCUGAAACAAAGAGACAUCAAUUUCAGGGUAUAGUACACGAAUUAACAGGCAUCUGUUGGGAGACUUGUAUGGACAGACCAACACCGCGCUUGGAAUCCAAAGUCCACAAGUGUCUUGUGAAUUGCGUAGAGAGAUUCAUUGACACUACUAAUUAUAUCACCAAUAGAUUAGAACGUGUAGCUUCGAGUCUACAGCCUGAAUCAGAGAAUCUGGAAUAAUUAUAUCUUUCUGUAAA